UGCCGACCUUCACACUAAACUGCUGACGAUCCUUGCGCUCUAGACUCUUUCGCUUCCCAUACCACAUUCGUAAUCUUGUAAUAUCUUCAAGACUGGAGUUUCGAAGAGCUUGCUUAAACCCCACCUUCGCAGGCAGUCGCUCUGACGACUGUGACACGCGAGCUUGCCGACAAUGGAGAGGAUACGCGUUAGUAAGGUAGAAGAUGUCUAUCUUUUGCGCAGAGGCACGCGCUUCGACGGCACCCUCCACCUUAUGCCCCACCACAUCGUCUUCAGCUACCUCCCAAGCAAACCCGCCGACGCUCCGCCAGACGUAAGGCCGCCCCGACAGAAAGAAGUAUGGAUCACGUAUCCCAUGAUCAACUACUGUUGUUUGAAAUCAUGUCCGCCCGUCAUGCGCCAGCAGCCGUCGAUCCGCAUACGAUGCCGCGACUUCACCUUCUUUGCAUUCUUCUUCCCCGACGAGAAGAAGGCUCGCGAGGUCUAUGACAGCAUCCGCGCGCUGUCUUGCAAGAUAGGCCGCCUUGAUAAGCUUUUAGCGUUUAGCUACCAACCGAAGCCUCCGGAGGAUCGGUUUAAUAGUUGGGACAUAUACGAUGCGCGUCGAGAGUUUAAGCGCCUGGGGAUCAGCCCCAAAGAUACGGAAAAGGGUUGGCGGAUAUCUGAGAUCAAUGUCGAAUACAAAUACUCGAAGACAUACCCCGCUCUCAUCGCAGUACCUUCGAAGGUCUCAGACAGUGUGCUUAGAUACGCCGGCGCAUACCGCUCGAGACAACGUAUACCUGCGCUCGUCUACCGUCAUCCACUGAACAACUGCUCGAUAACGCGAAGUUCGCAACCAACACCCGGCAUCACAGGGAACCGCAACCCUCAGGAUGAGAGACUCGUUGCAGCCAUAUGGGCUACCAACCGUGGGUGGAAUCCUGCACCAACCCCGGACGCUGCUCGUUCUACUGCGGACCUGGCCAUCGAGAAUGGAUCCAGUGCUGACAGUUCCUUCGUGGGUGUAGUGGACGCCGAGGCUGUCAACUCCGGGAGAAUCAUCGCGGACGAUCUUAGUGUAUCUACCGAGUCUGACGAUAACGCACCCAAGAUCUAUGGCGCACAGCAACGAAAUCUCAUUGUCGAUGCCAGGCCGACCGUAAACGCAUACGCAAUGCAGGCUGUUGGACUGGGAUCAGAGAAGAUGGACCACUACCCUGGCGCCGAGAAAGCAUACCUCGGAAUCGACAAUAUCCACGUUAUGCGAAAGUCGUUGAACACGGUCAUUGACGCACUGAAGGAGUCGGACCUCACAUCUUUUCCACCCAAUCAGCAGCUGCUGGCGAAGAGUGGCUGGGUCAAACACACCGCGAAUAUUCUUGACGGCGUCGCACUGAUAGCCCGCAGGGUGGGCAUCAUGCACUCACAUGCUCUGAUUCACUGUUCAGAUGGAUGGGAUCGCACGAGUCAGCUGAGCGCGCUGAGCCAGAUCUUGCUUGACCCAUACUACCGAACCAUGGAAGGUUUCAUAGUGCUUGUUGAAAAGGAUUGGCUUUCCUUCGGCCACAUGUUUCGACACAGGACCGGUUUUCUCAGCCACGAGAAGUGGUUUUCGAUCGAGAAUGAACGCAUAGAACGCAAGGUUGAUGGCCAAAGCGGCGGCAACGCCUUUGAGAACGCUUUGCGUGGAGCAAAGGGCUUUUUCAACCGGCAAAACGAAUCUAAUGAAUCGUUGAAUCAACUACCGGAGACGAACAGCACGGAGAAUGUGGGAGAUGUAUCAGAUGCUGCGGCCACGAAACCUUCCAGCAAGAUUGGUGCUGCUGAAGAACACCGGAUCACCAAGAUCAACGAGCUAUCACCCGUCUUCCACCAAUUCCUCGACUGCGUAUACCAACUCCAGUACCAACACCCCACACGGUUCGAAUUCAGCGAACGGUUCCUACGACGCCUUCUAUACCACCUCUACUCGUGUCAGUAUGGUACUUUUCUCUUCGACAAUGAGAAAGAGCGCAUGGAAGCUAGGGCGAAGGAGCGUACAAGAAGCGUUUGGGAUUAUUUCCUCUGCCGUAAACAAGAGUUUCUGAACCCGAAGUAUGACCCUGAGGUCGAUGACUCAGUACGGGGCAAAGAACGUAUGAUCUUCCCACGCAAAGGCGAAGCCAGAUGGUGGGCUGAGUGCUUUGGGCGUACAGAUGAUGAGAUGAACUUGUACGGCCCUCAACUACCGCCAAGCCUGACACCGCAGACAAGCAACGUGUCGAAUGGCAGGAGUGGAGCGAACACACCACUACGACAAGAGUCUAUUGUUACUGGGACCGAGACAGCCGAGGGUGCAACAGGUGCAGGCACGACCGCUGAUCUGCCGCCCACACACGCCGUUGGUGAGCGCACGAGUAGCGUCUCGGCUGCGUCGCCAACACCCUUCGAUGCUGCGGCAGCGCUAGGACAAGACCUGAAGCAAGGUCUUGUGGCGGGCAUGGGGAAGUUAAAAAUUGGCGGCGUUAGUCCUCGACCCAGUACGGACUCGAGCAGAUCGCCGCCAAGGCUGAGUACCGAUACAAGCUCACAGAAUGGGAAAGAGCGAAGUCGAAGUAGAAGUGAAGACACUAGGGGAGAGCUGGAAGUGGAGAUGCGAUAGUUUAUCGGCACUCCGUGCCCGCUGAUCUGUAAUAGCGAGUCCAGCGUUGUAUGUAUGACAAACCUACACAACCACAUUAGCUUGAAUGAUAAUGAAAUGAUG